GCACUGCAGACACCUCCUUUCUAGAAGACCCCACGGAGAGCUCCAGACACCAUGAACCUUCCCUCCACAAAGGUCUCUUGGGCCGCUGUGUCUCUAGUUCUACUGCUGCUGCUGCCACCCGCGCUGCUGUCGCCUGGGGCGGUCGCGCAGCCUCUGCCCGACUGCUGUCGCCAGAAGACUUGCUCCUGCCGUCUCUACGAGCUGCUGCACGGCGCUGGCAAUCACGCAGCCGGCAUCCUCACGCUGGGCAAGCGACGGCCAGGGCCCCCGGGCCUCCAGGGCCGACUGCAGCGCCUCCUGCAGGCCAGCGGCAACCACGCAGCCGGCAUCUUGACCAUGGGCCGCCGCGCAGGCGCAGAGCCAGCGCUGCCUCCCUGUCCCGAGCGCCGCUGUCCUACCUCAGUCGCCGCAGCUACCGCUCCCAGGGGACCGUCUGGAGUCUGA